AUGUCUUCUCUUACCGAUUACAAGAACGCACAAAUCGAAAAGCUGAAAGGCAUCCAAAACUGGACGACCUGGAGGCAACAAAUCGAGACGAAACUCCUGUUCCAUGACCUUUGGGACGUGGCGGGAGCCACCGACAUAUUCCGACUCGACCGUCCUCUAUUCAAAAACAAGGAUGGGGAAGAGAAAGAACCUGCUGCGUGGAGCAGUAAAGAGAAGUCGGAAAUGAAAGCCUGGCACACGAAAAACGCCAGGGCCGCAGCGUUGAUCACAGACCUGUGCGAACCCGAAGUCCGAGUCCAUAUCACCGACAUCUCCGACUGCAGGGAAAGACUCAAGAAACUGAAAACUCUAUACCAACCUAGCGGCAGAUCGGUCCGCUCCGUACUUAGUCGACAGCUGUUCGGCAUGAGAAUGAAAGAGAACGGAGACCUGGAGAAACACUUCAACGACAUGAGAACCAAAUACCGAGAGUAUUUGGAAGCAGGCGGAAGUCUCGGAGAAGGAGAAGAGGCACGCCGAUGGAGAUCUCGUUGGAUUAUAUCUACGGACAACUCUGCACACGACUCGUCAACCGAAACAAAUCCCUCUCGACAAAGGAACCUGCGAAGAAAGUAG